AUACGUAACUUAUCACGUUAUGCUACAUUGGAGAACACUCUCGAAACUGGAUCCAUAUUUAAAACUAUUAUUUUGACAAGGUUAGAACAUUGGUACCUUACCUUUUUAAAUUUUGAGGGCUUCCCCAGCCCUUAGUAAAGAACUUUGUGAGGAGGAUACUUCUGUAAACAGCAUCCAAACGGCUGGGAGGCAUUAUGUAAAAAAAUAAUCGAACCCUAAUCUGACCCGGACUAUCAUACGAUCCGACGACACAAAAUAUUUCCACGAGGUUCAAGAUUAUUAAUUAAUUCGCCUCCUUUUUCUUCACGACUUGGAAAGUUUUCAGUCUUUCUCACGUAAACAAUCAUUUCGUGUUUUUUAAGACGUUACCAACAAUAUGGACAUGGUUCCAAACCGGUUGGGUAUGUACACCGUUGAAGACAGUUAUCGAAUACUUUAAUCAGGCGAUUAACACGAUCCGAUCUGGUGAUGUUCUGAGAAUAUAUUGCAAAUAUAAGUUUGUUCUGACAUCUUCGAGUGCGCACAAAUACAGUUACAAUUUUGAUAAAUGGGUUUCUUAAAUAUAAACUGUUUCCGGGAGAACAUAUAAGUUGGAAGUUUCUACCGCGUAUUUUCAAAAUUAAUACUUAUUCAGGUGAAAUACCAUGAGAUACGAAUUUCGGUAGACUUUCAUUAUUUUCAGUUCGGAAUUUAGUACAAUUAUAACGACAUAGUAAUUAUUUCUUCGAUUCACCGUCAGAGGGCUGAGAAUGAAAAUUUCUGUUUUAAAUGAAUCAGCACUAACUUUUGUCACUUUCAAUGACUGCUUCUUGAAGUAUGUUCUUUGCGCUUCGAUCUGAAUGUAGUAAUUGAAUUGUUAAUUGAUCUAUUCGCAUAAAAUCCGCUAAAGUGUUAAGUCAUUUUUAACGUUGGCGGUACUUCAGAACAGUAGAGAGAAAAUUGUACUGUAUGUAAUGUCUAUACCGAUUUUAAGUCCGUGGUUAUAGGAAAAUUUCUCGGUUUUUUUACGUUCUCUUCUCUAGUAGCAGAGGGCGAUAGUGAUAAUCUGGCAUCGUAGAAUAUUCGCCAUGGAGAGUGCUGCUGCAUCAAUCCUAAAGCGAGCUGUAGAAAUGGAUACAAAAGAACAGUAUACAAUGGCCUUGGUACUUUAUCAGGAAGGUAUUCAAAUACUGCUAGAUUCUAGGAAAGAGACAAAGGAUAUGGCUAAGCAGAAACACUUUGCUGCUAGAGCAUCUGAAUACUUAAAUAGAGCAGAGAAAAUAAAAAAUUUAAUUGAUGAAAAAAAGGCAGCUGGGACCUAUAGAGAAUUGAUUAAAAUUGAAAAUGGAAGUAUUGGACAUGGUUAUGAGUCUGUGUUUGGCAGAUUUUUAGAUACAACAGUUACUUACAUUCAUGUUGAAGACCCUUAUAUAAGGGCGUUUCAUCAGUGUCAAAAUUUUGUGAGAUUUUGUGAAUUGGCUGUGAGAAAGUGCCAUGCAUUGUCUAAAAUAACUCUAGUCACUACUUUUGAUCCAGAAGAUAGAAAAAAUCAAAUAACAAGAUUAGAAGAAUUGAGGAAGAGUUUAUUAUCCAAACUUAUUUCCUUUAAUAUUUCAUUUUCUGAUACUUUACACGAUAGACAAAUAUUACUUAGUAAUGGAUGGGUAAUUAAAAUAGGACGUGGUUUAGACUAUUUCAAAGCACCAGAUGGAAAAUUUGUGUUAGGUGCUUGUGACCUUGAACUAAGAUCGUGUUCAGAGACAACAAUUGACAUAUUUCACAGAAGUCAUUUAAACAAUGACAUAACAUAGAAAGUUAUAUCCAUUGAAAUAAGCGCAUGCUUUGGACUUGGAUAGAUGAUUGAAUGCAGCUGCUCCAAGCAAUAACGUUUGACUACAACUAGUAUUCUCGACUAGAUGAUUCAAGGAGGGUAUUAGAUCUCCUGCAAAAGGUUCCAAGUGGGGCAGACCUAGAGCAUUGACCCAAGGAGCUGUUAUCUGUACAACCAAUGCAGUGGCUUCCAUUUUAUCCUUCUCAGACGAAUCCUUUGCCGCCAAAAGAUCCGUUAAUAUCUCUGGACCUCCAUCUUUGACAAAUUGAUCUAUAGCAACAGCAGAACAACAGACACUUGCUAACGCGCGUAAAGAAGCAGCUACGAAAUCAGUGGAUGUCUUUGAAGAUGUGAUUACAGAUGUUAGAAGAGCCCUGAUGCCUGAACAUCUAGUAAUACUGCUUCCAGCUCUUGGUCCUGCUAACCCUAAAGCUGUUAAUGCUGCUAAGGCUCCUCUAGCUACCGUCGUGUCAUCCUUUGGUGCCUCUUCUAGUCCUCUUACAAUCCUCUGGAAAUACACACUGAGUUUAAGACCACACAUCUACUCAACCCUUUCAUAAUACACCAAGAUUACAUGUAAUUAAAACUAAAAGAAGAAUCUCCAUAAAA